CGCUCAGAGUCACACAGGAAGGGGCGCGGCUCCCGGAGCCCCGCCGCCACUCGAGGCUCCCGCCCCCCUUGGCCGGAGGUGGUGCCUCUCCUGCAGCGGCCGGAGCCUGGAGGUGGCGUCGGGAGCUGGAGCCCGGGGCUCGGAUGUCAUCGUGCGGCCGGCCGCGGGCGCCCUGGUGCGCGUCUCGGGCUGGAGUUACAGCUUUCAACCAGGCCUGCCAGCGCCAGUCUCCAACUGCACAACCAUGGAGGCCCUGGGUACUGGAAGCGGCCGCACCUCUCCGGCCUCAGACACUGGAAGCCUGGACUUGCGACGGUUGUCCACGCGCGCCGACUCGGCCUACAGCUCUUUCUCCGCGGCAUCUGGUGGUCCGGAGAUGCACACACCAUCUCCUGGCACCGAGAUCCUUCCUUACCUAGACUGGGACUACGUGCGCGUGGUUUGGGGCAGCAGAUCCCCUACCCCGCGGGACGCUGUCCAUCCAACUACCCAGCGUCCCGAGCCAGUAGUCGCUGGGCACAGUGACCCGCGGCCCCCAGAGGUUCAAGGAAACCCGGGAUCACUGAGCAGACAGGACACCCCGCUGCUGUAUGCGUUGGCAGCCGAGGCUGAGGCUGGUACACUCACCGCUGAGCCACCCAGCCCCCCAGCCUCACGAGCCGCCUACCGCCAGCGACUGCAGGGUGCGCAGCGACGAGUGCUGCGGGAGACAUCCUUCCAGCGAAAGGAGCUCCGCAUGAGCCUGCCCGGGCGUCUGCGGCCCGCGAUCACCACGAGGCCACCCACGGUGCACGCGCGCUCUGCCUCUAGCAGCCACGAGGCAGGAGAAGCGGAGCCGGCGCGCACCGCUGUCCAAGCGGUGGGUGUUCCUGGCCGGGGGCGUCUGGCCAGCCAGCAGCGGAUGUGCUGUUUUUCAGAGCCAGGCAAACUGCAUCGCGUGGGUUGGAGCGGCGGACCCACGGGUGAGGGCUUGAGAGAGGCUUGUUCCACCCAGGAGUUGCAGCGUGGGGCGCACACUAAGUCCAAAAGGCUGCUGCAGGAGACUCAGUCCCUAAGCUCAGUGGAGCUGGAUUCGCCGUCCGUGCAUCUUCGCAGUGCCUGUAGGCCUGCGGGUCGCAGUCAGAGCAUAUCAGGCGAGGUCAUGGGUCGCCGCACGAGUUCAGAAAGGACCCUGGCCACUGUCCAGGCUGUUCCUCAAAGGACGGAAACCCCCAGACCUUUACUUCAGAUCAAGUUUUCCAGGGUCCCUGCCUCUAGGUUCUUGACUCAGAAGGAGGCGGCAGUGGUGUGUCCUGCAGAGGUCCUCCAGAGCAGCCCAGCUGACUCUGGUCAGGGGGUCCCUGAGACCAUCAAGGUGUCUACUCCGUACCCCUCCCUCCCGGAUGAUGAUGUGUUCCUGGAAGAAGCUGAGACACCACCACCUCAAGAGUCUCAUGCCCCUCAGGGGCUCCCAACCAGGGAUCUCCACGCUUCUGACCAGCGGUCUGAAAAUGACUUAAUCAAAAAAGCUGGCCAGAUUACAGCCUCGGCAGAGAGCCCCUUCCACAAGGGCCCAGGGAUCACAGGAGAGGAAGACAAUUGGCAAGGCCUGAACGGUUCUGAGGGUUCCUCCAGACCCACAAGCCAUAGCCCUCCUGGGACUACAAAUGACGUCCCAACCUUUGACACUACUGAACUGCUGACCGCUGGUCCCUCUACAGCUACAGAAAACAAUCCCCUCAAGCGUCCCUCAGUUGAUGUCCUGCGACCUUUAGGCUCUGAGAUCCCAGACCCCCCUCACCACACUUCCCUGACCUGGGGCCAGCCUGGUCCUAAGCCGACCUGGCCUAGUCGGCAUUUUGAGGAGCUGGUUCAGCAGCUAGCCAGACUGGAUCCUUCUUUGAGUGACACUUUUGCUGCCCAGCCGGGUCCAGAGCCUCCUCUGGGUCUGCUGGAUGGGCUCUUUCCUGCCGCUGCUGCCGAGGUCUUGGCUGCAACGAGGCCAGCCUGUGAGGACGCAGGAGAGGAGACCACUGGAGCUUCUGAUGCAGGGUCCUGCGGAAGCCCCUUUACCCAGGAACUGCCGACUGCCCAGGAAGCAUCAACGUCGGAAAACUCUAUACCUCACCCUGUGCCUGACCAGUCAAAUGACCAGGGACUCCCGAAACCAAACAGCAUUCAGGUCAAGAAAGUGGAGCUAGCCCACCUUCUCCAGAAGAUGCUCCAGGAUCUUCACGCUGAGCAGGAGAGACUGCGGAGUAAGGCUGCAGACUGGACCCAAUGUCACGAAGAUCUGGAGGCUGCAGUGAGCCAAGCCUGUACACCCCGGGAGCUGGAGCGAUUCCGUCAGUUCAUGACUGAUCUAGAGCGCGUGCUUGGUCUUCUGCUGCUGCUGGGUAGCCGCCUGGCCCGUGUGAACCUCGCUUUGGCCAGGGUGGGCUCAGACAGCGAUCCUGAUGAAAGGGCCUCGCUGCUGCAGCGACUACGGCUUCUACAGCGACAGCAGGAGGACGCUAAGGAGCUGAAAGAGCACGUGGCGCGGCGGGAGCAAGCCCUGCGUCAGGUGUUGGAGCGGGAGCUGCCCGCAGAGCAUCUGCGCUCCUAUUGUGUGCUGCUGGCCGCCAAGGCCCGGAUCCUAUCCCAGCAGCGCAGCCUGGACGACCGAAUCCGGUUCCUUAAGGAACAGCUGGACACCAUCUGGAACGACUUCAGUUAUCACCCCCUUUCUCCCAGACUGUCCUGGGCCCCAGGAAUCCAUCCUCUGAAUAAGCCACUUUUUCCUGCUACCCCUAUCUAAUUACAGGUGGUGGAGGUGAGGGGUAUUGUUCAGUCUCACGCUCCACUGGGGUCAUGCUUUAUCUUGAGAGAGCUUUCUCUUGAGGUACGAAGGACUAGAGAGUCCUCAGACUAGGCCUUCCCAGGACACAUUUUCCCACAGGGUUCUGCGGGGUGGGGAAGAGGGGGGAGCUUACUCAAGCUUGUGAUUAUUUGGGAAUUAAUGUAUGGGUUUUACAAACUGCAGUAUUCAGUAGGGCGGUGAUCGCAUAUGCCCUUAAUCCCAGCACUCCAGAGGUAGAGGCAGGCUGAUCCCUGUGAUUCAAGGCCAUCGCUGAGUGAGUGAGCUCCAGGAUAGCCAGGGCUGUUACACAAUGAAACCCCCUGCUUGAAAAACAAAACAAAAAACCCCAACAAGAACAAAAACAAAACAGCACACCCCCCUGGGGAAAAAAAACACUGCAGUAUUCAAACCUGGCCUGGUGGUAAUGUUGCUGUAAUCCUAGCUACAUGGGAGGCUGAGGCUGGGAGAUUUUAAGUUCGAGGCCUAUCUGGACUACAGAUGGAGCUAAACGCCAGUCUGGGCAACUUAGGAGACUCUGUCUCAUGAUAAAAUGUAAAAAGGGGCUGGAGAGGGCCGGAAAGAGGGCUCAGCAGUUAAAAUCACUUGCCGUUCUUCCAGAGGACCUGUGGUCCUUCUCCAAUAUUCAUAUUGGAUGGCUCACACCCACCUGUGACUCUGGCCCCAAGGGAUCUGACACCCUCUGACCUGCACACAGUUGGUUCACAGACAUACAUGCAAGCAAAACACCCCCCAAUAAACAAAUAAAAUUCUAAAAUAAUUUAAAGAGGAGGCUAGAGAUAGAGUUGGGUUGCAGAGUGCUUGCUUGACGUACGUGAGACCCUAGGUUCAGUCCCUGGUACAGCGUGGACAAAUGAGCACAAAGCCUGCACGCGCCUCUUGUGGCGAGUCCCUCUGUCAGAGCUGGUGGGAGGUAGGAGUCAAGACAGAACACUGCAGCUUAAGAGGCAAACAGUAUUGUGGUUUAUUUUCUAAUAAAUUUUCUUAGAGAGGCA